UCAACAAGUCAUCAAGUGCAUAAAUAUUAUAAAAAGGACUUUCUUGUUUUUUGAAAGUGAAAUUGAGUAUAAAUUAUGUCCAAAAUAACAAACAUAAUAUUGAUUUGUGUUGUGGCUUUUGCAUUUUUCAUGCAAAUUUCACUUGCUGCACCGGUGACUGAUAGUCGAGAAGGAAAUGAUUUCGUGGAUGAAAUCAUUCAUAGAUUAAAUCAAUUGAAGCAACAGAAUGAAGGAAAUCUUAACAAUCGGCCUGCAUAUUAUAGUAACUCUUAUCCACAAGGAAUAAAUCGAGUUCAUCGAACUCUUGAUAAUCUCGGUGGUGGGUAUUUGUUGAAACGAGCCGUGGAUUCACUUGGAGGUGGCCAUUUAUUGAAACGAACUCCUUCAGACUCUUCUAGAAGCAUGGACUCUUUAGGCGGAGCUUACAAACAUCAUGGAAGAAGCCAAAGAUUUGCUCCAGCUAGGCAUAGCUUAGACAGAUCUUCACUAUCUUCACUUUACAAUUACUACAGUCAUCCCAUGGGCUCUCAUCCGAAACGAAACUUUGAUGAAAUUGAUCGUUUUGGUGACUUUGACAAACGUAAUUUUGAUGAAAUUGACCGUUCAGGAUGGAACGACUUCGGAAAACGACAAACAAAUUUUGAUGAAAUCGACAGAAAUGGCUUCAAUGAAUUCAAAAAGAGAAAUUUCGAUGAAAUCGAUAGGCUUGGAUCGUUCACUGAUUUUUAACGCAAUGGUGGAUAUUAUUAAAAUUAUUAAUUGGAUAAAUUAAAGCCCCGUUUAGACAUUGUGCGAUUCUUAUAAAGUUAUAAAACGCUUUUAAUCAUGAAUGAAACUAUAAAAAAAAUCGAAAGGUAUUAAUCACCAAAGAAAAAAAACCACAAAUUUAUUCGAUCAUCAAUUUUGGACCAAUAUUUUCAUGUUUUUUUAAAGAGUGAUGAGUAUUUUUGAAUGAAAAAUAAAUAAUAAAAAAAAGAUUCAACUCAAAACGCUUUUGCAAU